CUGGCUUGGGUUUGCGUUGCAUGUUCUCCGUUCCAUCGCUGGUCGCCUCCUUCGGCGUCGGCGACGGGGAGUUAGCUCGCUGUUUUGCUAAAAGCUUUUGCGCCUCCUUCACGAAAGUUCGACGACUUUCUGCCUGUUGGAUCGGAAGUAACGAGGGAGCUAUUGUGAAGUCGAAGGCGGUGGUUGGAAGAUGGGCAGAUUGUUUCUCCAUGGGGCGAGACUUCUCUCGAGAGGAUUUUGUUCUCUUGGAUCGAAUCGUAUCAGUGUCUGUAUAGUUGGUAGCGGCCCUGCUGGAUUUUACACGGCUGAAAAGAUGUUGAAGGCUCAUCAAACAGUGGAGGUUGAUAUUAUUGACCGAUUGCCUACGCCAUUUGGACUUGUCAGAUAUGGGGUUGCACCGGAUCAUCCGGAAACAAAGAUCGUGGCCAAUCAAUUCUCUCGGGUUGCUAAAAGUGAGAGAUGCUCCUUCUUUGGUAACAUUGCUCUUGGAAGUGUCAUUUCUUUGUCAGAGCUCAGAGAGAAUUAUGAUAUAGUUGUUCUUUCCUAUGGCGCUGAAAGUGACAGAUCUCUUGGAAUUCCUGGAGAGGAUUUGAAUGGCAUAUACUCAGCCAGAGAGUUUGUUUGGUGGUAUAAUGGACAUCCCGACUGUUUCAACAUGGCACCGGAUUUGAAGAGCACUGAUACAGCUGUUAUCCUUGGUCUGGGAAAUGUUGCACUUGAUGUUGCUCGUAUACUUUUGAGACCGGUUAGCGAAUUAGCAAAAACAGAUAUUUCAGAUCAUGCCUUAGCUUCUCUUCAGGACAGCACCAUAAGAAAGGUUUACUUGGUAGCAAGGCGUGGUCCUGCACAAGCGGCUUGCACGGCGAAGGAAUUGCGAGAAAUUCUUGGUAUGAAGAACCUACACAUCAAGAUUCAGCAAGUUGACCUAGAUAUAUCACCUUCUGAUGAGGAAGAAUUGAAGAAGCAGCGUAUACAGAAACGAGUUUAUGAGUUACUCUCUAAAGCAGCUUCUUCUCCACACUGUCCUCCUGCAGAGCAAAGGGAACUCCACUUUGUGUUCUUCAGAAAGCCUGAUAGAUUCUUGCCUUCAGAGAAUGGCUGCACUGUUGGUGCUGUGCACCUUGAGAAAACAUUUUUAGAAGAGACUGGCAAACGAUUAGCAGUUGGUAGAGGGGAAUUUGAAGAUAUCACCUGCGGACUUGUAUUGAAAAGUAUAGGUUACAAGUCUUUACCAAUUGAUGGGUUGCCUUUUGAUAAUCAUAAAGGCGUGGUUCCAAAUCUGAAGGGCAGAGUUCUGAGCAGCUAUCAGAGAGGGCAUGAGGCUGUGGAGCAUGGCUUGUAUGUUGCUGGGUGGUUGAAAAGAGGUCCUAUAGGGAUUGUCGCUACUAAUCUCUACUGUGCUGAGGAAACUGUUGCAAGCAUCUCUGAAGAUGUGGAGAAGGGCUUGCUUACAGCUGCUUCUGGUACUCCAAAGCCAGGAAGGCAAGGGCUUCUUCAACUGCUUGAGAACAAGAAUAUUAAAUUCGUACCUUUCAGUGGCUGGGAAAAGAUUGAUGCUAAGGAGAAGAUGGUAGGUCAGCAGAGGAACAAGCCAAGAGAGAAAGUAACUACAUGGGAGGACCUGUUAAAAGCUUCAAAUGUGUAAAACAUGAAGCCCUAUGAGAUUUUAUUUUUUAUUGCAAUUAUUAUUGUUUUGAAUUUUCAUGCAACCAAUGUAUAAUAGAUAGAGGUGUAAAUGAGUCGAGCUGAGCUCGAGGCAUCUCAAAUUUGAGCUUGAGCUUGAGCUUGAUUACUUAAUUGAGUUUGAACUCAAUUUUGAGUCAAGGCUCACGAGCUUGCUCAUCUAUUAUGAAAGAGAAAAAAUAAUUAUGACUCAAAAGUAUUAUUAUGAUAGAAUGAUGCAAUAAAUGAGAAAUUGUAAUAGUAAUA